AUGUCAUCCGCAUCGAAACAGAAGCUGAACCCGCGCACCUUCCCACGUCCGCCUUUACUGGAAAAGACACCCCGCCACCUGCAAGUCAAAUGGAACGACCAGCUCAUAGCCGACACAACAGAAGGCUACUGGGUCCUUGAAACAUACCAUCCCCCAACGUACUACUUACCUACCUCCUCUCUGAAAGUGCCUCUCGAGAAGAACAGCCGCUCGACAAUGUGCGAGUGGAAAGGCGCCGCAAGCUAUUACAACAUCUCGAACCCGAACAAGCCGAGCGAGGUUGUCAAGAAUUUGAUCUGGAGUUAUGACAAGCCUACUCCGGGCUUCAAGCCUAUUCAGGGUUACUUGUGCUUCUAUGCUGCGGAGCCGUUUGAUUGUUUCGUGGAUGGGGAGAGGGUUGAGCCGCAGCCGGGGGACUUUUACGGAGGGUGGAUGACAAGUGAGAUCGAGCGAAGUAGUGUAAAAGGCGGACCAGGCACUUGGGGCUGGUAG